UAUCAGACUUGUAUCCUCGCGUAUAAACUUUGGCAGUCAUCAAAAUAACCCGAAGCAUGCUAAAUUAGACAAGUGUCAGUUCGCAGUCGAUGCUGACAAGGGCCGGGCCACCGCUUAGUAAAGACACUCACUCUUCUUCCUACCUGUACGGAUACACCACCUUGACUACCUUACCUAAAGUGAUGUCUGGAUGUACCUGGAGUGGGCAGCACGCAGGAAACCCCGACCGACUAGGGAACCCAAACACCUGGGUGUCCCCUUCGCCCAGGUCCAUAUCUUGCUUCCUUCGGUGUUCCGUACCGCUGGAAUGUCAGAGCUCAUCACGCAUCACGCAUCGCCAGACGGAAGGGCGGAGAGAGGAAGCCGGAAUAGGCUGUUGGCAACUUCUUAGCCGCACUCGGCCCAAGAACACAAGACAACAACAGCUGCUCCUAUCGCCCGGCCUGGCCUUUACUGCUCUCUUACCCCGUCCAAUAGAACCAAACGUCCCUUUCAUGGGCAGCUUCUGCCACUUUUGGGUGCUUCGCUCCAACGCCACCAUCCAACCCAAAAUCGACAGGACGACGCAUCAUCGCCCAUAUCGACACAUUCGCUUCGAGCAGGUCUUGUCUUGCCCUCUGUCUCUUGCAUCUGAUUUGUCUACAACCCCGUGUGUUUUGUCUCAUCCCUUUCCCCACCCCCCUCUCACCGUCCCAUCAGCCCGCUCUCCCGACUCCCGAACAGGUGGUGAGGGACAAGAAGAACAGGCCCAACUCUGAAAAUAAUAGACGAUCUGAGCGAGCGGUACUGCUAUCCGCAAAGGCGGCCACAGAUUCACAGCACCCACCACCCCCGUUGACACAAAGAACCGGCCUACCUCUUCC